ACACAGCCCUCAUCACAAAGCUGCUGCAGGACGAGUGUAUGCGGGCUGGAAGUGAAAGCGGAUGAGUGACUUAAGAAACAAGGAUAUAUCGCGGUACAUUUGGAAGAGUUUGGGAAAUAAGUCUUAAUAAGUUUUUUGCGGACAUGUUAAAGUUUAGCAAAACUUUUACUCGUCUGUGUGUGUGCUGAACUACAGAUACAUGCGCAUGUGGAGCCUCCAAAAACGAACUUGGACUGGCGAGAACUGGAAACUUUGUAUCAACAUCGAACCUUUUAGGUUUUAACCUGAUUGGCUUGUUAUGGGCAUCCUUGACGAGUUGUAUGCCUCACUGACUUUAAGUCACUAACUGUGACAUGAUAUGAAACCAUUGAAGAGUAACCUUGUUUUGACGCAGCGUGAUGGAAUUACAGAAGCCCUAAUGAAGUCUAACAUUUUUAAGAUUAAUUCUUCCUGGAAAUGGCAAAUCGUGCCAUAUUGAUGGAGCGGACAGCGGUUUUGAUAUGCAGUGUAUUGAUCCUAAUCAUCGGUCUAUGUGUCGGAUCUCCUAACCACAGUCGUCGGCUGGUCUGUUGGAAAGCCAUCCUGAAGUGCCACGGAGAGCCAGAGUGCCAUUACGCUUAUGACCAGUACAUUUAUGCCUGCGCGUCUGUCAUCAAUGGGGAACGUAAGAAGUGUCCCAGCCACUGCAUAUCUUCUCUCAUUCAGCUCAAUCUAACCCAAAGCGGCCCGGCUCUGGAGGACUGCGACUGCGCCCUGGAUCCGGUCUGCAGGAGGACGAAACAAGCCAUCGAGCCGUGCCUGCCGCGGACCAGCACCAUGGGCUGCACCGAGGCCCGACGGCAGUGUGAGAUGGACCUGUCGUGUAGCUCUGCUAUGAGGGAUUAUUUAUUCCACUGCCGAAAACUCUUCGGAGGGGAAAGGUGCUCGGAUGGGUGCCGCAGAGUGAUAGCCAACAUGCGCUCCAUACCUAAAGCGCAACAGUUAGACACUUGUGUGUGUGAUGGCACGGAGAGGAACAUAUGCGAGUAUAUUAAAGUCAGCAUGAAAACUUUCUGCUCUGAUUCUAGUGAUAGGUUCGCGGGAAGCGGCUUUUCAGACUCUGAGGAGGAUUCUGAUGAUGAUUAUAUCGACCAGGACGAUUAUCAAUACGUGGAAAACUCAAGUGACUCCCCACCUUGUCAGACUGUGCUAAAUGUCCUCACCACCAUUUUGGUUUUAACUAAAUUAAUCUGAAAAGCUAGAAAGUCAGUCUUGCUCAAUCAACACCAGAAUCAACUCACAUCACUACAAUCUGUCUGCUUUGUUGUAACCAGCCAUGUUUCCCUUAAACUUACAUCUGGGGCUUAUAAACUCAACCCUAAAGUUUCUGCUACAGAUCUGCACAAAUUCAUACAUUUAAGGCCAUUUGCUCUUUGUUGAUGUCAAAAGCAUGCAAAUGAGGGUUUGUGGAUCAGAUCAAUAGCAUAUGUAAAAUGUUCUGAUAAUGCUGAAGGAGCCUAUUUUUGUAUGUCAGCUAUAUAAAGAUAAAUUGUACAGUAUAUUGUAUAAACUUGUUUUUGUCAAAAUAUUUGUUUAUGAGUGACAAGAGAUUUGCACUGUAUGAAUAGGUGAGUCACACUCUUUUAGGGCAUUAUGACCACAGAGGAAGGAAAAAUGUUUUGUCUAAAAGUGCCUAAAAGUCUUUAUACUGGUUUCAUUCACCAUUAUGUGUACAUAUCAGAGGCAUGCUGUGAAAGCACAGCAAUUUUCUUUUACCAGCUGUACAGAGACUCUCUCUCCACAAGCCCUUGAUGAAAGCCACUGAAAUGUGUCUAAAUCCCAGAGCAGAUAAUGUGUCUAAAAAACAAGAAGCUCUUAAGAGCGAUACACUUGACCUUGUAAACAUGGAUGUUUGCAUAAAGGUAUAAAGUGUUAAUUCUUGAAAACUGUUCAAACAGAAAGAGAAAGGUAAACGCCUCCUCUUGGGGGAUUUGCAGCACAAACAGAGCCAAGAAGUGUUCGGUCAGUUUGUUUAUCCUCACCCCAUGUGUUAGAAGUCUACACAAAGACACACUGAGAUAAAAAAAAAAAAAGAUGUCUGUGUUUGGGUAAGUAGAGAUAUUAAGUGUCCAUUAUGAACACACUCCUCUGAAUGUACAUGCACAUUAAAUAAAUAAGAGUUUUAAAAUGA